CCAUGAUGACAGUGAGCAUAGUUGCAUGCUUGGGAUUGUAGCUGCCGACUUUUCCUUGCAAGGACCUCUUCGUUAGUACAGACUGUGUGGGGGGAAGGCGCAGAAAUGACUACCGGAGAGAAAAGAUUGCUCAACGCGAAGUUUAUUAGCUAACUUUUCUCAAGAAAUGUAUUUCCCCAACGGCAGGAGCUGACUGACUGACUGACUGACUGGUUGCCAAACAGCCAGCAUCCUUCAGUGUCAGCCAGCGGCAACCGUCGUCCCCUACUUCUCUGCAGCCGGUAAAUCUUCGCCACAGUGUAGCUUCUCAGAGAACACGUGAACGAUGUCUGUGGAAGUCCUGCCUGAGCACCCAGCCUGUCUUGAUGAUUUGGUGUUACACAUCUUGCAACCAAACCACCUGUCCAGAAACCCUUGACUGCUGGUGUCUUGGUUCACUUGCGCUUCCAUUUCCUGCCACCUGUUUCUGCUCAGCACAUCCUCAUCACGUCGCAGGAGAAGCAGCAUGUUUUUGAAAUCCUACAGACUUUUGACCUCUGACCUCUCUGCAAAUUAAGGACAGCGUAAAAUAUCACUUUCUGCUGUUCCAGCUGGAAUCGACUCACUGUCAAACGUUCUGUCAGGUUAUUGUUAAAACUAGUUCUCUUCCAUCUCACCACCUCAGUACCAUGCUGGGUGCUCUCUUGCGGCGCAACAUGUCCCAGAAACUGAGUUUGCUGCUGCUGGUAUUCGGCCUGGCAUGGGGACUUAUGUUGCUGCGCUACACUGUGCAGCAGCCUCGCCAUCAGAGCAGCGCUGAAUUGCGAGAGCAGAUCCUGGAGCUUAGCAGAAGAUAUGUCAAAGUCCUCACAGAAGAAAACCAGAAUGCACCAGGGGGACCACAAGGAACCUCUAUGGCUGGUUAUGCUGACUUGAAGAGGACUAUAGCUGUGUUGCUUGAUGACAUUCUGACCCGCCUGGUCAAACUGGAGGGGAAAAUUGAUUUGGUGGUCAACGCCUCCGCCACAAACUCCUCCCACACAGCAGGGGGCAUCCUUGCCUCUGCUCCUGCUGCCAUACAGAAAGCUUCGAAGCAGGAGAUACUCGGCAGCCACCCUGGGACGUCACGCCUUCACCCUCACAUCCCCAAUAGGCCUCGACUACACUAAGAAGGAUCUUUUUUUUUUUAGGUGUAUUGAUAAGAUUUUACCAUCAUUCAUCACUGAUGCAGCAACAUUAGACUAUUUAAGAGCAAAAGCAAUACUUGUGGACAUCCAGAAACUGAAAAAUUGGGAUGCAUCUUCAAAAAAUUUCAACCAACUUGGAGAGAAGAAAGACCUAUAAUAUGCUCAUAUUUAUUUUUAUUUACUACACAGACUAUCCAGCUCAUCUUUUUAUAUUUUUAUUGCAGAAUUUAUUUUGCUUAAAUUCUAGUGUUUUUUAUUAUCAUGUUUAAAUUUCACAACUGUUUAUGCAAAGCCUUCAUCCCCAUCAAAAACCUGGCUUAAAAUGUUUUUCAUAUACAGGUACAUUGUAAAACAACUUUACAAUAUUGCUUCACCAUAUCAAAAUGCUGGACUGAACCAUACACUCACAAUAAUUGAGCUACAUUUUAGUUUUUAGCUGGUGGAAUUGCUACAGCAACACCAUAGAAAAAUCUUCUUUUAGCAUAUAAAUAUAUUGACGAUUUUAAAGAUGAAUUGAUUGUUUAGGUCACUUGUAAGAGAUAAUCCAAAGAAUAUUAUUUGCACUCCAUCUGAAGGCAAUAUAUAUGCAUAUGUGCUAUUGCUGUGAGGUAUAUGGAGAAUGUGAAGGGGUUUGCCACUGUAAAUGUGUGCGCGCGUGUGUGUAUGUAUGUGUGUGUGUGUGUGUGUGAGCGGGCUUGCUUUGCCUCACUUGAAAAGAACAGUAGCUCCCUUGCAUCAAGUUGGGAAAUGUUUUAUUGAGCUGUUGAUCGAACAGAUUGAAUGUACUGUGCCGUCAGUCUUUAGCCCUGCAGUGCUGUAAAGAUGACUGAUCUACUGCUUACAUGUGUUUAGGGCUCAUGUUGCACUGUGACUAAAGACAUUUUCUAAAAAUA